AUUGAGUUUACCAAACUCAUUGUGCGACUCCCAGAAGACCUCGGGACAACUGGAGACCAGCCCAACAGAAUUGACGAAUUCGUCCCAAGUCGCGGGCUGGAGUCAUGCCAACUGUGUGAGUUAAUCUCAUCAAUCGAACCAACCACACCAGCCCAUUUGAGAACAUCUCUCAUUCGUAGCGGGUUUACGUCGCGAUAUCGAAACUAUGAGCACCGAAAUCGGGUGUGUGGGACCCAUAUCAGAGGCAAGAAAUUCAGACUAUGGGCAGAUAGAGGAAGCCCUGCAUGCGAAACUUUGAUUGAUCGCCCACCAAUAGCUGACCUUCCUAUGCACCAGAUACGCGACCUAAUCCAGCAUUGGCGAAAGAGAUGCCGUUUUCACAAACGUUGCCAACUUGAGGCUAAAACGCCAAUGCCCACUCGUAUUCUUGCGCUCUGUGAAGAUCAUGCUCAACCCUCGAUCAGGCUUGUCAAGAGUAAGGGCAUGAAGGGACGGUACUUGGCCUUAAGCCACUGCUGGGGCUCAGUGCAAAAGCAACCGCUUUGCACGACGCCUACAAAUUUCGGGGAACAUCAAAACGGCAUCGCAUUCGAAGAUUUGCCUAGAACGUUCCAGGAUUUUGUGAACAUCGCACGAUCCAUCGGCAUCAAAUACAUCUGGAUUGACUCUCUUUGUAUUAUACAAGGCAAUAGCCGAGAUUGGCAUUCGGAAGCAGAGAAGAUGGGAGAUGUCUACCGAAAUGCGGCUUUCGUCAUAGCAGCCUCAGGCGCAGAAGACUCUAGCCAAGGACUGUUCAUAAACGAUCGAUCAGUCGAAAAGGUCUAUAGGUUGCCUUACAGAACAGCUGCCGAAGUCAAAGGAACAUUCAACAUCGUGCAAUCGCCUAACGAAUCGGAUUGGCACCCAGCACAUGGACCUCUAGAAACUCGGGCAUGGGCACUUCAAGAACGUUAUCUUGCGCGGCGUUUGAUCAUUUUCAUGCCACGUGGAAUCACAUGGAGGUGCAGUUCAAUGUCAGUGAAUGAGGCUGGGGAAUCCUUCCUGGAUUUUCGCCGAAACAAGAGUUGGUUCCUGCUCUUGAGUGAAUAUACAAGAAGAGCUUUGACAUUCCCCUCAGAUCGCACUGAGGCUAUACGAGGAGUUGCUGAAGAGUACCAACGUUCCCAGAAGGCUCGAUAUAUUCCAGAUUACGGUGUCUGGGAGGACCAGCUUACGGAUCAGCUGCUUUGGUUCAAGGAUGGUCCAUUUUUUGACAAUGGAAGUUCUCUUCGUGGAUUCUGACGGUACAUGGUCUGUCAUACCGCCAUCGACUUGGACUACAGCGGGGAGUGCGAAGAUAUGGCCGCAAAAGGUUUUGGCUGCGAA